UUUGUGGAGAAUCCUGCACCAGCCAAACCCCUAGUGAUGUCCUUCCAUGGCUGGACUGGGACAGGAAAAUCCUAUGUCAGCUCCAUGCUGGUCCAGUACCUGUUCCGAAACGGGAUGACCGGUCCUCACGUGCAUCAUUUUUCUCCCAUCAUCCACUUCCCCCAUGCAGACCAGAUAGAGUGCUACAAGAGUGACCUAAAGCAGUGGGUCUUGGGGAACUUCACAGCUUGUGUCCAUUCCCUAUUCCUCUUCGAUAAGGUGGACAAGAUGCACCCAGGGCUAUUGGGGGUACUCUGUCCCUUCCUGGGACCUUCCUGGGUGGUCUAUGGUACCAACUACUGAAAAGCCAUCUUCAUCUUCCUCAGUAAUGCUGGUGGGGAGCAAAUCAAUCAGCUAGCACUGGAUGCCUGGCGUGCCUGCAGAGACCAAGAGGAACUCCAGCUUGGGGAUCUAGAACCCGCCAUCUCUAAGGCCAUCGUGAACAACCCCCAGCAUGGUUUCUGGCAGUCGGGAAUUAUAGACGACCAGCUGUUGGACUUGCUGGUCCCCUUCCUACCCCUCCAGAGCCACCAUGUCCGGCACUGUGUGACCAAUGACCUAGCCCAGCUUGGCCUGGCCCAGCAGCAGGAGGAAGAGGUGAUCCAGGCUGUGCUGGAUGGAACUGCCUUCUUCCCUGAAGAGGAACAGCUUUUUUCUUCCAAUGGUUGCAAGACUGUUGCUUCUCGAAUCACCCUCUUCCUAUGAGUGGGCAGGAGCAACUCCUUUUCCUCUGCUCU